UCCCAGCGGCCGGUGGUUACACAUGGGUUAGGCUGGCUAUAGGGCGGAGGGUCUUGUCGCUCGUUGAAAGAAGGGACCGCAGAGGCGACAGCACCGUCGCCGUUGUGCUGAGGCACCUGGGGAAGUUUGAAGAGAGUGCCGGGAAAAUGCGAGCUCUGGAGCGCGUGCUGCUGAGGGGCUUUCCUAGUGCAGCGGAGUCGCCACGGUGGAAACAGAACGAGGGUGUUUCGGCGGCCGAAAGUGGGUCCUUGUUGCAAUUGCUGUUGGAAGGGAAGUAUGAAGCUGUUUUAUUAAGUAAAGCAGUUCAGAAUAUCUUUACAACACCUGCAACUGCCAAAGAAGAGAACUUUGACACCUAUUUAGAAAAACAGAUUCAAGUUUAUCUGGACUGUUCUUCUGUAAAUGUUGAUAAUCUGGAAAGGCAAAGUGUGGUGUUUCUACUUGGUGUGGGAAGUUUGCAAUUGUUUGUUCAGAGCAACUGGACUGGCCCUCCUGUUGAACUGCAACUUCAGGACUUCCUGCCAUCUGAAUUACUACAACAGUAUGCCAAGCCUAGUGCACUGUCUACAGCUAUUCUGAGCAUGCUGGUUCUAGAUGGUGAAUCAAUCUACAGCCUGACCUCCCACACUGUCUUGCUGAUGCUAGCUAGAGCAGCACUUGUGAGCUUAAGACAUAAGCUUGAAGCUAUACAGACUCUUCCUUGGUGGACUCUGCGAUGUGUGAACAUCCAUCAGCAGUUGUUAGAAGAGAGAUCUCCUGAACUUUUUGCUGUUGCCCAUGCCUGUAUACAGCAAGUAUUGGAAAUGGAGGCUUUGUUCACUGAUGAUGAAUGCUGGCAUCUUGCUGUUCAAUUCCAUCUAGAGUGUGCUUACACAUUUUUGAAUUUUUUUGAGUAUAAAAAAGCCAAACAACACUUCCUUGCAGCAAAAGAUAUGACCAAGUUACAGAUUGAUUUGACAGGUGUUCUGGGGAAAAGGACACGAUUCCAGGAAAAAUGUGUAGCACAGCUUAUAUUAGAUGUUCAAAGGAAAGAUAACGUCCUUCUUCGUCACCAUGAGCUUAGUCCAGCACCUACGCCAUUAGAAAAUUUAGCACAGAAUUGUGCUCUGGAUGAUGACACGGUGCUAAAUGAAAUAAAGUUUGCAGAUACUCAUCCGAAACAGAUGCCUGACUUGUGUGCAGAAGAGCUUGCUGUUAUCCUUGGAAUUUGCAUAGACUUUCAGAAAAACAAUCCAGUCCAUAAACUCACUGAAGAGGAGCUGCUUGCUUUUACAUCAUGUCUUCUUUCACAACCAAAGUUCUGGGCAAUUCAAACUUCUGCUCUGCUUCUCAGGACAAAACUUGAGAGAGGAAGUAUUCGUCGAGUAGAACGAGCAUUGAAGCAGACUCAGGCUCUUGCAGAUCAAUUUGAAGACAAGAAGACAUCAGUUUGUGAACGUAUGAAACUUUUUUAUAGUUGCCACGUUCCUCCACGCUGGACUAUACAGCACCAGCUUGCAAGCUUACUCUUUGACCUUGGAUGUACCAGUUCAGCUCUUCAGAUCUUUGAGAAGCUUGAAAUGUGGGAGGAUGUAGUUAUCUGUUACGAAAGAGCAGGACAGCAUGGAAAGGCAGAAGAAAUCUUGAGACAAGAAAUAGAGAAAAAAGAAACACCUGGAUUAUAUUGCUUGCUUGGAGAUGUCCUUAAAGAUCAUUUUUAUUAUGACAAGGCUUGGGAAUUGUCAAAGUAUCGCAGUGCAAGAGCUCAGCGUUCCAAGGGUCUUCUCCACCUUCGCAACAAAAAUUUCAAGGAGUGUAUAGAGUGCUUUGAGCUCUCAGUACAGAUUAACCCUAUGCAGUUGGGGGUGUGGUUUUCCUUGGGUUGUGCUUACUUAGCUUUGGAAGAUUAUGAAGGUGCAGCCAGAGCAUUUCAACGCUGUGUGAUGUUGGAACCUGAUAAUGCUGAGGCUUGGAACAAUUUAUCAACUGCAUAUAUCAGAUUAAAGCAGAAGAUCAAAGCAUUCCGGACCCUUCAGGAAGCUCUCAAGUGUAAUUAUGAACACUGGCAGAUUUGGGAAAAUUAUAUUCUUACCAGUACAGACAUUGGAGAGUUUUCAGAAGCUAUAAAAGCUUAUCACAGGCUUAUGGAUUUACAAGAAAAGUACAAAGAUAUCCAGGUGCUUAAGAUACUGGUGAAGGCAGUGAUGGAUGGAGUGGCUGAUCGACAUGGAGAGACAGCAGCAGGAUUAAAGGCAAAAUUGCAGGCACUCUUUGGCAGAGUGACUUCUAGAGUGACAAGUGAUGGAGAAAUCUGGAAGCUAUAUGCAAGACUCUAUGAGAAUGGGCAGAGUGAUAAUUCUGAAGACAUUGAAAAGGCAUUGCAGUAUCUCACCAAAGCACAUAAAUGUGAAAUCCAAUCAAGGGACUGGGACAAAAAUAUUUUAUCUUUUAAGGAGGUGACAAAAGAUGCUAUAGAGCUUGCACAUGUGGCAAUAAAAUGCAGCAGAACCAAGUCUAAUCACCAAGAAGCACUGCAAAUACUUUCCUCAGCUCGACUCAACUUGCGUAGUCUGGCAGCCAAAGCCAAGCAGCUUUUUGCAGACGCAGUUAAUGCUGAAGUUUCCGACGUUCUAGCUGAAGAAGUGACAGCGAUGGAGAACCUGAUAGUUGAAUUGCAAGAACUUAGCAAUCAGCUAAGGAAUCAGACCUGAAAAAAAUAAGAUCCAGUUUCCUAGAAGGAGAGGAGGGGUGACUGCUCUUCAUUUACUAUAGUUUGUUCUAAUUAGCUUGCACUACCAAUACGACCAAGCUGUUUUCUAAUAAAUAUUUCAAUGUAUAACAUAAAACUUUAAUUGAGGCAUUGCUAAGAUAGUUCUGUCUUUUUAAGGCCAUGUUUAUUCAUUCUCGAGUUGGGUAUUUGUGUGAUUUUUCUGCUGCCCUAGGUUUUAUUAGAACAAAAUGGAUGGGUUUUUAUUUAGAAAGUCUUUAUAUAGGAUUAGUUCUGCUUGAGUGCAACCCAUAAUUGGCUCCUGUCCAUAGCAGUGCAUGUCGCAGAUAGGAAAGAUUAAAGAAUGCUUGUGAUGUUAGAGACGAAAGCAAGAGAGACUUUUAUUUUAAUUGUGGAAGAAGGUUGAAAACACAGAAAAUUCCAGAAAAAUUCUAAUCUUUCUAAAUGUCUGUCUUCUGCCAGUUUAAAAGAAAAGUAAUGCUACAGUCAGCCCCAGUGGCUGUAUUUCCUUAGAGAUGUUGUGUUCACAGGAAAUGGGCAACACUAUCCUGUAGACACAGUGGCAGCACAAAGUAGCUUGCAUAUUAGUUCCCUAUUUCUGUUGCUUUGCUUGCUGGGAAAUUAUAUGCAUCCUUCAGCACCCUCACAAUGCCAUCCAUCCAUGGUCCCUCUUCCCUAAGACUAUUUUGCAAACAUUGGCAUGGCAACCUUAAUAACAUCUGCUACAUCUACCUGGAGAUUCAGCUCAGCUUUGCCCUACAAAUUGGGUCCUUACGCUGUAAGUCAAAUUUCUUCCUGCACGUCCUGUCAGGUUUAUGUGAAAGCAGGAGUUUGAGGUGAGAAUCUCCACCAAUGAAGCUGUGUUUUUAAUGUAUUAGAACAAGAUUCGAUCUUUCUAGGUCAGAACAAGGGGCUAUUAGUCAAGCAUUCUGUCUGUAAUAGUGGCCUGUCAGCCACCCCUAGGAAGCUUCCCUUUGAAAUGAAAGUGUCUUUUUUGGCUAUUUCCUCUUUCCUGCUUCUGUUUUAAAGCUGCUAGGGAUUGUGGUCAUCACCACAUUAUAGCCAAUUCUACAAGUUAAUAAUGCAUUAUGUGAAGCAGAGCUGCCUUUUUGGUCCUGAACAUAAUGACCAUUCCCACAAGUUGAUCUGUGUAAAGGAUCUUUCUGCUUUUUCUUGGAUCUUAACCUUCCUUUCCAUACAUGGUAGGCAUUUCUGUGAGUGAAAAGGGGAAGGCAAUUUUUGCCUAAUUCUCUCCCUUCUAGCCUUCACUUUAAUCCCCAGGAUGACCAUAGAGCCCCACUGAGUCAUGGAGGCACAAUUUUGGAAGGCAUGAAAGACUCCAUGGGGAGGAGUGGAAGUUGCUAUUUAUGCACUGUAGUUCAGUUCAUACUGCAUAGAAUCCAAGCCACUGUUCAUAAAUAAAUUAGCUUUUUUACAUAACUCUUGUUAUAGAAAACAACAAAAUAUUAACAAAUAUCAUAAAUAGUAAAAUAAAACAAUCCAUAACAUUUACAGAGUUAAAUGACCAGCCUUAUAAAACAUCCAUGCAACUC